GGCUCUACAGGCUGAUGGGAUUUUUCACACAGUAGAUUACAUUUUCAAUGUGACACGUGAAGCAAAUUUUUCCCUCCCCUCGCGCUUUUUGCUGGGUGCUGCUUCAUGUGGUGUGCAGUGAAAAACAACAAAGACUAACAGGGAUUUCUUGUGCCGGCGUGCGUCCUGGGCUCUCCCCCUGCAGAGGCAGCGAUGAGACGGCGCUCACUUCUGAGAAAUCAUUUCAGAGAACCUUUCUGAGCAAAGCAUCAACUGAGAGAGAGACAGAGAGAGAGGGAGAGAGAGAGAGAGAGAAACACUUAGUAUCUGAUGAUGUUUCCGACCCGCAGCUCAGUUCUCAACUUAAAACGAUGAAACUUUCCAAUGAUGUGAAUGUCUUACUAAACGAUGAGACGUUUAUCUCGAGGUUGCUUAAGCUCAAAUGAAGCGUUAUUAUGACACUGCUGGAGAUGAAGACAGACCGACGAACUAUGAAGUUUUGCGUGUGGAUAUUAGUCUUAAACUUUUUCUUAUGCUGGACUUUGGUUGACGCACAGAUGGGGUUUGAUGGUCCUCUCUCUGCACAGGAGCAGAUGUACAUCCUUUAUGAAAUCAAACUGCAGUGCUACCAGAACCUCUCCAACAUUGACCCUGGGUCCACAGAUGAGACGUGCCCUCCAGACUGGGACGGUCUUAUUUGUUGGCCCCAUGGCUCCCCUGGGCUGGUUACCAAAGUUCCCUGCCCAUCUUACAUCUAUGACUUCAAUCACAAAGGACACGCUUACAGGAAGUGUGACGUCAAUGGUUCCUGGGUGUUUGUCGACCGCUGGAACAAAACAUGGACCAAUUACUCAGAGUGUCUGCGCUUCCUUCAGCCCAGUGAUGAGGAAGGGAGACAAGACUUCUUUGAGCGGCUUUAUGUCAUGUAUACCAUUGGCUACGCUGUGUCGUUCAGCUCUCUCCUGGUGGCCAUCUUCAUCAUUGGAUACUUCAGACGUCUUCACUGCACCAGAAAUUACAUCCACAUGCACCUGUUUGUUUCCUUCAUGUUACGAGCCGUCAGCAUCUUUAUAAAGGACAAAGUCGUCCAUUCCAGUGCUGGAUUGCAGGACUUUGAUUCUGCACUGCUGGACAACUUACAGACAGUUAGCAUGGCUCCGCUGGACAAGUCUCAGUAUAUUGGCUGCAAGGUGACAGUGCUGCUCUUCAUCUAUUUUCUGGCCACCAACUACUACUGGAUUCUGGUAGAAGGCCUCUACCUCCACAGCCUCAUCUUCAUGGCCUUCCGAUCAGACUCCAAGUACCUCUGGGGCUUCAUACUAAUAGGAUGGGGAGUUCCAGCUGUUUUUGUGGCAGUGUGGGCGAUCGUCAGGGCAACACUAGCGGAUGCCAGGUGUUGGGAGUUAAGCGCUGGUAACAUUAAGUGGAUCUACCAGGUUCCCAUCCUCACAGCCAUUGGGCUCAACUUCAUCUUGUUCGUAAACAUCGUACGAGUGCUGGCCACUAAAAUUCGAGAGACAAACGCAGGGAGAUACGACACCAGGAAGCAGUACAGGAAAUUGGCAAAGUCCACCCUUGUGCUAGUGCUGGUGUUUGGCAUCCACUACAUCAUCUUUGUUGGGAUGCCUCAUACAUUUGAGGGACUGAGCUGGGAAGUGCGCAUGUACUGCGAGCUGUUCUUCAACUCAUUUCAGGGUUUCUUUGUGUCCAUUAUCUACUGCUACUGCAACGGAGAGGUUCAGACCGAGAUAAAGAAAACAUGGACACGCUGGAACCUGGCCUUUGAAUGGGAGGGCCCUGUGGUCUGCGGUCGCUACCGUUACGGCUCUGUCGUUGUCGGCCUUAACAACAACAACAGCACCAGCAGCCAGUCCCACCUGGCAGGAGGUGGACUUUCCACACGUUCUACCACACUUGUUUCAAGCCGUGUCUAUCGGAGCACAGGCCCUCCCGUGGUCAGCAUGCACGCCACCCUCCCAGGAUAUGUGAUCGGUAGCUCAGACCCAUCCAUACCUGAAGAACCUGAGGACAGCGGCCCCAAGCAGGUGGAUGAUAUCUCGCUGAAGGAAAAUAUGAUGGUUCUUAGUCCCACUGCAACCGCUGAAGAUGAGGAGGAAACACUGUAGCAGUUGUAAAAAUGUGGCAGAGACUGAUGAAAGGUUUACAGGUGCUGCUAAUCCAGUCUCAAACUCUAAGGAAGGUAUCAAAGGCAAACACGCACAAGAAAUCAAAAAGUGUCUUGAACUCUUGAACUUAAAAAAAAAAACAAGUAAUAAAACCACAGAUAAAUUUCAGCGCGGCAUGCCAUGUCAUGUCAGUGAUCUGUUUGAUAAUACCACUAAGAGUCGCCAUAAUCUGAAAUUCUUAAACUGUACACAAUUGAGAAGAAAACAGGAUCAUGGUUGAAAAAUAAAAAGAACAUCAAUAGUAUCCGACACGGACCAUGAACCUGAGCAACCGGUACUGAAAGCCUUAGUGCUAAAUGUCUAAAUCGCUAAUGUAGAUUGUUUACAUAUUUGAAGGAGGCAGGAAUACCGGGGGCCAAAAGGCAAAAUGCAACUCAUGACUGAAGACAAUCAUCUUUCACUCUCACUCUCAGAAGCUUAGAAAUGAAACAGGAAUGUGAAACUGAAACUGAAACCACUUCUGUGCACGUAUGUAGAUUUUAAAAAGAACUUAUUAUUUAAACAAAAGACCCUUUAUUUUUCAAAGGGGAGGCCAUUGUGCCCUUUAUUGUGAAUAAUGCAAGAUAUCCUGUUGCUUUGACUGUGGUGGUCUGAUUUUUUUAAUUUUCAGUGAUUUCAGUAGCAUGUACUUGUGUUUUUUUGCUGUUACCUUGAUUGUAUAUAACUAGGGUACCACAGCAGAGUAUAAUGAAAAGGCAGAGCUGGAAAAAAGCACAUAGAAACACUUGUUCUUAAGAAUAUACAAAGAAAUAAGUGUAACUUGAGGAAAUCAGGUUAUAAUAAAAAAAGCUGAUUCUUCCUUAAAAAGUUGUGGCAGCUGUAGAAUAACACUGAUCUCAUGGAAGGAGUGUUGAUGAACCUUUGUUCUUGCCAACAGAUGUUCCCUGAUUUUGAACAUACAAGAUAACACUAAAUGGGAUUUUUCUUUACGUGUCAAAGCUGCAUAAAAAUGUAACUUACAGCCAUUUUCAGGUGGCUAAAUUACAACUACAGCAUGUGACAGUAUCUGUCAUGCAAGAGAAGGAUAUAUCCUGAUGAUGUAUCCUUUAAUUCAGUGUCAUGGUGAACUCGUGCUUGCUUGUAACUAAAGGGUAUGCAAAAUGUUUUCUAUUUGUGACUUUAAAUGAAGCUUAAAUGAAUGAAACCGUUUUUUUUAACAAAUCAACUUUUGUGCUGGCUGUGAAGGGCUACAUUUAGUAGUUGUUUAAAGGUUUUGUGUCUGCUUUGUGCGUGUUUGUUUGUCAGUACAUUAGAUGCAGUGCUUAUCGCAAAAAAAAUCUUUCUUGUACAUGUGCCUCUCCUGUUCCAGAAGCUUAGUUGACUUGGAUGUAAAAGGGUUCUCUUUAGUCUUGUCUAUUUAUGUGCUAACACAAAAUGCCCUCCUGCUAGAGCUCCAGAGAGAAGUGUGAGAGAGGAGAUAUAAAAUGACACUGAAAUGGAAAUAUAUCUUGUUAAGGAUAUCAAACCUUUA